AUGGCCAGUUGCCGGCAUAAUUAUGUCAGUUGUCGUAUGGCUACAAUCAGAUGUAUGCUUGUUCGUGUGGCGUAUGAGGUGACGUUCCGUAGUGUAGACAAGGAAGAUCUCAAGGACACUAUCACAGGAGUGAAACGUAGUGCUCUCGCAUGGAUGAAAGACAAAUCAGGAAUAUUCUACUCCAAAUUUCCCGAUCAUAAG